UCCCACCGGAGAGAGACUCUCUAUUCUAUCGGCUAAUUCAGAAAAUAAACAAAAAAUUAACAUUUUCCAUAAUUUUUAUGAACACUUUGCUUUUGGGAUUUGCCAACUUCGAUUUCUUGGUCUGGGUUUGUUUUAUACGUUUCCUGAUCUAUUAUUUCGAUCGAAAGCUUCGAGCUUGAGACCAAACUCAUGGAUUCUUCCCCUGUUUCGGGUCGAUUCGAUAUUUUCGAGAUUUAUCGCAGAUUUUGUGACAUUAGAUCAGGUCAGCAGUUUUGUGAUUAUAAUAAACCAGAAGAUGGCGAGGAAUCACAGAGAACUACUAACUCAUCUAGAGAAGCGUUAACUCAGCUGUUAUAUCUAGUAGAGAAUAAGUUUCAAGCAAGAAACUCCAUUUUUGAUGAGUUGUUCAAGUUGAUGUCACGGCUAGACUUAAUGGUGGACUUUAACGAGUUUACCUGCUUUUAUGAUUUUGUUUUCUUUAUGUGCCGAGAGAAUGGACAAAAGAAUACAACUAUAAGUAGAGCUAUCACCGCAUGGAAACUGGUUUUGGCUGGAAGAUUUAGGUUACUUAACCGCUGGUGUGACUUUAUUGAGAAAAAUCAACGGCACAAUAUUUCAGAAGAUACAUGGCAACAAGUCUUGGCGUUUAGUCGUUGUGUACAUGAGAAUCUAGAAGGAUAUGACUCUGAAGGUGCAUGGCCUGUCUUAAUAGAUGACUUUGUCGAGCAUAUGUACAGCAUUUUAGGACCGAAUAAGGACGCUAGCUUGUUCUGCAAAUGUGGUGACACAGACUUUGAAUCAUGCCUCUAUCAAGAAGAUGAGUAUCACAAAGAUUACCGUGUCCCCCACACGGGUUUAAGAAACAUUCCAGGUUUAAAGAGAAAAAUAUCUAAUAACAAUGACGAAGAAGAUGAAGAUGAAGACAUAUCAGAAACCCGAAACUCUUCUUUUUCGUCAAACCUGAAACGAAUGAAAACCAACAACAGUCCAAGAUGUUCAUCCAAGUCUCCAUGUGCAAUCGAGCGAAGUCUCUCACAAGGUUUUGCGAGCCUUUUAUCGACUGGAGAUAAGCCAUGACACACUUAAAUGCACAUAAAUUAUAGAUUAUAUACAAAACCACAAGAGGUCUCUCAAGCUGUUGUCUCAUUUUUCAAGCCUAAAAAACCUCACUUCUUUCAAUGACAGUUUUGAGUUCUUCUUCUUUGUUGUUGUUGUAAGCUAUACAAUAUAUUUGUCUCUCACUCCAUUUCAUAAUUUGAUCUAUAUAUUGACAAGGAUAUCACUUCGUCUA